GGUAUAACGCCCAGAGUCACGUGUUCUCACCUCCUGGUCCGCUCGUUUAACGGACGUUGCUUUCUCCCCAAAAUUACAUGCCCCCCUUAUUCAUUACCAAUUAGUGCCAAAUAUUAUUUUUCUCCUCUCCAUCUUCGUUUUUAGGGUUUCAGUUCCAUUGCUUUGUUGAGUCAAUUUGCUGAUUUCGGGAUCGGCUUUUCAUUCUUGAUUCCUCAGUUACAGCUGGCAGAAAACAAUAGUUGGCUUUUUGCCAAUGGAGAAGCCAACAGAUUCUAGCUUAUUUGUCAAUGAUGGUUCUUUCAUGGAGAGGUUCAAACAGCUCCAACAGGAGAAGGAAAAGGAGAAGGUGAAGGCACCCUCCUCAAAAGAGUCUAAGACAACAUCCACUGUGUUGGGAGCUUCAACUCCAAAGGCAGUCGUUAGUAAGCCAAGCUUGGAAUUCAAAACUAAUGCUUCGCGGAAAACUACUACAGCUGCUUCAGGUGGGAAACUUGCAUUUAGCCUGAAACAGAAGUCCAAAAUAGCUGCACCUUCUGUUAAGCUAGGUGAAGAUGAGGAUGAAAAAGAUGCUGGGAAUUCUUCAGGAGAUGGGCCAAUUAAACGACAGAGGGUGGAGGAACCUCGUGCUCUGCACCAGCCCCUUAGACAGAUUGAUGUUGCACCAAAUACCCCAAGUGAUCCAACAGUGAAGAAAGUUGCAGACAAAUUAGCAAGUUUCGUGGCCAAGAAUGGAAGGCAGUUUGAGCAUAUCACACGCCAAAAGAAUCCAGGAGACACGCCAUUUAAGUUCUUAUUUGAUGAAAGCUGUCCUGAUUACAAAUACUAUGAAUAUCGACUUAGUGAAGAGGAAAAGGCUCUAUCACAGACCAGCGAUGCCCAAACAUCACAUAGUGGACUUUCUAGUACUGCGACUCCUAGUUCAACAAGCAGUUCUCAUAGGUCACAUCAGCAGCAACUGAAUUACCAAAUUCCUGCAUCAGCAUUGUAUGGAGCAACAGAGAAUACAAGUUCUUCAGAGUCAGGUCAUUCAAGUGGUCCAUCGGGGUCAGAUCCAAUAGCGAUGAUGGAAUAUUACAUGAAGAAAGCUGCAGCAGAAGAGAAGCUGAGGGCACCGAGAUCAUCAAAAGAUGAGAUGCCUCCGCCUGCUUCUCUCCAAGUUGCAGUUCCAGGAAAGAAGGGUCAUCACAUGGGAGACUAUAUCCCGCCUGAAGAGCUUGCUAAGUUUUUGUCUACCUGCAAUGAUGUAGCUGCUCGGAAAGCUGCCAUAGAGGCGGCAGAAAGGUCGAAAAUACAAGCUGAUAAUAUUGGCCACAAACUUCUGUCAAAAAUGGGUUGGAGAGAAGGUGAAGGACUAGGGAGCUCUAAAAGUGGUAUUGCAGAUCCAAUCACGGCCGGCAGUGUAAAAUCAAAUAACUUGGGUGUUGGUGCGAGCCAACCUGGGGAGGUCACUCCAGAAGAUGAUAUCUAUGAGCAAUAUAAGAAACGAAUGAUGCUAGGCUACAAGUACAGGCCAAAUCCAUUGAACAAUCCGCGAAAAGCAUACUACUGAUGCAGUUUGUGAACUCCUAGCUGGCCAUCUACUCGUCCUCUGUAUUGGAGUAACUUGAGUUUGUUAUAGUUUUCUUCAGUAAGACAAUUAUUUGGAAGUUGAUGUUAUUUUGGUCCAAAUACUACAAGUAUGAAUCCCGUUGUAUCUAAGACAUUGAAAAUGACGUGUUUUGAACUCAAUAUAUAUUUCGGCGCCUCUGGUUUAUCCAAAA